AUGAGUAACGACAGUAACGGAGCCGGGGGGCUGCAGCCCCUUUGGAACUUCAAUGGUGAGUCCAAAUAUCGAUCACUCUACAAACGGACACAUGAACGAGUUUUUAUUAAGGAUGUUACGUUCAGCAGGAGAUGCAUUUACUGUCAAGUGCGUUAAAAAAGAGCAUCGCAGAGGUGUGAAACAUGCGUAAAAACGCGCUUCACACCAGAUUUACGCGCCAAAAAGCACAAACAUAUACAUGUUUUAAACAUAACAAUCUUAUGAUAGAUAUAUGUAUAUGAUUUUUAUUAGAUUGCUUCGAGAUUCAACCCAAAAGCAAGAAGUAAAACUGGAUUUUGUGGAGUGUUUGGUGAAGUUAAAGCAAGAAAAAAUCAUCUUCAGCUUUUAAACAAAUGUUAAGAAAAUGAACAAAGGCAAACAAAUCCCUCAGGAAGUGUUCAUAAAUCAUGAAAAUGUGCAUACUUAAGGCAAAAAAAAGGAAUUCAAGAAUUUAAGAAACAAUCCACCCUGACAGGUGAAAGAAGUAAUCAGCUGUUGUAGUAAAAUGGUAACCAAUUCAAUACUGGCUGCUUUAAGUUCAUAAAUAUUCUUUAUUUUUUUCAUGAAACCUGCUGCUUCUUAACUGUUUGACUCACUAAGUGGUUUCACAUCAGCAGGUAAGUCCAAUUCUGACAUCUCAAAGAUCAAUUGUCAAAGUCAAAUUCAAAAGAUCAGUCAGGAUUCACCACAUUUGAUGUGUACGUUCCCAUAAAAUCCAAACAAUGAGAGCAGCAGCAGCAGCUUUUUGCUCGGGGCAGGAGAUGAAAAAAAAUGAGGAUGAGGAGAAAGAAAAAGACUCAGGGCGACAGGAGGUGCUGAAGGAGGAGAUAACAAAAACAGAGGCAGAAAAGACGAAUUAGGUUUUCAGAGAUUAAAAAGCCAGAAUAAACUCCUCCUCUUCUGCUCCCCUGUCUAAACCUCGCUCUUUUAUUUUCACUCUUUUCAUCUCUUCUUCCCCUCAAUGCAUCUUUUCAUGGAGAAUAAAAGGGACAAAGCUUGGAAAGAGAAGAAAUAUAUGAGAGACACACGUCCAGAGAGUAAAAAUGUCUUUAUAACAUACAGAGAUAAAAUAUGAAUGUAUGAAAAUCUGCCUCAGAGCUGAAAAAGAGGAAAAAAAAGAUGCAGUUUAAAAGUUCAGGUACACCUCAGUGUCACCUGCAGUUCAAAGUUUGUCAGAGGUCGUAUUGAUUGGCUGCUGUAUUGAUUGUGUCACAGUCAGGAUGAAACUCAGACUGUGUAAAAGAAGAGGAGGAUGUGAAUUAAUGAGGAGGGUCUUCCAACCUGCUGUGUUUUCAAAGGCCACCAGAGGGCAGACUCGAAAAUGUUUCCACCUCUCAGCUGAUUUAUUCUCUUAGUGAAUAUUUCUCUAAUGAGUUUAUGAUCUCAAUUUCUGAUUUCGAGUCCUCUUGCGUAAAGCGUGAUGAUCAAUCUGUAAAUAAUGGUCCUGUUUGGAGUCGAAGAGAGCAGAGAGCUGGGGAGGAUUUAAGGUGGGGCUGCUUCAUGCUUGAAAAGUAGCAACCUAAAACAGAUGCCCCCUAUUUUUAAAGCAAGAUCAUUUAAUUUAGUUAGAUAUUUUCUGUUGUUAACGUGAACUACAGACACACCAUGCUGUAAGAUUAGCAGAAAUGAACACCUGUCUGUCAAAUGUGAGUGUGUUUGGACAGAAUCGUGUGAAUUUGCUCAACCUUCCACAGUGGAAAAUAAAGUAGGACUGAUUUGUGACAGAUAGUCACACAAACAGACCUUCAUUUGCUGACUGAGCCUUCCUCAUGGCUCAGUUAUCUGCUGAACUUGUCUUUCCUCCAUAUUUGAUGUCAGCUGUGAACGGGUAAUGUGAAGUUGGUGUGUUUGCUUGCACCUCCUUAGGUCUGUGUGUGCUGGAAAGGCUGGACUUGGUUUGAUUUGAGCCGAGCACAGCAGUGACUUUUAACAGUUUUACCUGUGUGAAGGUGUGAAGGUGUGUUUUACUUGAAGACUCUUGUCUUUAAACUCAAAAUGACUGAACUAAUGAUGACUCUCUUACCUCUCAUUUCAGUUUUAGCCUAAAACUCAUGGAAAGAAUUUCGAUUUUUUUCUGUUUGUGAGGAGGGCAAAGAGGAUGUUAGUAGUUUCUUUUACACUUGAAAGUCAUAGCCUUUCUCUUAAAUACUGCAGGCCUAAAUCAUAAUAAAAUAUGCUACUACAGAGAGCUAAUAAAGUGGCUUGAAAAUGUUUGCCAGUUUGUUAAGAUCAUUUCCAACCCUGAGAAUCAGCAGCCUACAACUGUGUCUGAUAGAGGGGACUUUUACUUUAUUCAGUUGUUCAUUUUUGAAUUUAUUUGUGCAAAGAAAAAGGAUCAAAAUGACAGAAAUGAAGGAGACAGCGUGGUUGGCAAACGAUUUCCAGAAGCCCUAGCCAGCUGGUAGGGAUGAAAAUGUGAAGUUUUCUCUGUUCUUGAUCUUGGAAAUGUUAAAAAUCAGUGAUGGCUUACUCAUUUAGAAUAAUUUAGACCUUCCCUACAAAAAUAUCAUAUUCUUAUCACAUAUUUUUUCACAGCAAUGUGGCAUUUUCAAAACUACGGAUUAUAUUAAGUUGUAAAAUUGUCGCAACAAGAGAAACCUGCCGGUCUGUGCCAGUGUGAGAAAUCUCUCUUCGUUGUCUGUGGGCUUUGUAUCCUAAUAUAGAAAAACGCCUGAAGUGGUGGAUGUUGUGCAUUGCUCCCCAAAAUACCUUCACAGAGACCUGUGGUGGGGUUGCAACACCUUGUGUUUGUAGUGCGCAGGUUUGUUCACAGUGAAACAUACUCUGAACUCAAACUGAAUGUAACAUGAGACAACCUGUUAUUUAUCAGUGCUAGACAGAAAGAGAAGCCAGGAGUACACUUUUAGUAGUCAGUAAAAGACUACUCCAUUAAUUGUUGAUGUCCCCACCAGCUGGCUAACAGGCCAACAUGACUAAUGUUGCAUAAUUUAAUGUGCUAGUCAGAAAAUAAAGGGCUUUUUCAUUUCUUGACACUGCAACAGAAAGGCUCCUCACAACCUGAGUCCAAAAAAAAAAAAAAAAAAGAUUAACUCAAGUCUACAAAGGCUUUGUGAUCAUGCUCAAGUUGUCUGUGAUCCGUCUUACCAUGUCAGGGCAGGGUAUUAAUCCCUUAAUAUCAUCUUUUGUUUCACCAGGACCAAAUUACCACCUUUGAGUAGAGUGCUCUCUGUGGGAGGGUUAUCAUUGGCUGGUAAAAGCUGGGGGCGGGACUGUGCUGCAGGUGUUUCUUGAUUGACACUUGCCUUAGCCUUUUUUUUUUUUAAUGUACUUAUAGAAAGUGUAGGAUAUGCAGCCUGCAGCCAACAGAGCGGUGACUCUUGAUGUUUUGUUCAUGAAUAGUUGGCCUACAUUCACUCUUACUUAAGUGCUGCCCUGGGCUGUUGACUGGUUCCCCCUAUAGAUGGACCCAGCAGCCGGUCACAGAGUUCUUAUUCUAGUCUCUAUUUUGUCUGUCUUGCUUCGCAGACAUCUUUGACAGACUGGAUCUGCUGGACUAAACUGGGAGAUUGAGUUAUCGCUCAGUCACCAAUAAAAGGCUGUUUCCCCUUUUUUUAGCCUGAGAGGAAAAAGCACAGCGGACUGAACAAUGAAAUGAUUGGCAGCUCUACAUAAAACAUCAGGGGGUUGAUGUAACAUCCCCCUUCUUCUCCGUUUUCUCAGAUUCCUCCCCCGUCUCCUCCCCUCUAUCAGCGGCUCUUCUGUUGCUCUCCGUCUCCCGUGUAUCCUCUCCCUCACUCUCUCUCUCGCUCUCUAAUUCUAUCCUAUUUACAUCCUCACUCCUGCAGAGAGCAGAUUCCUGCAGAGGAGAGGCGGUUUGUUUCUGCGUGUGUGCAUACUGUAGUGGAUAAAGACUUCGAGAUGUGUGCAUGUGUACAUGAUGACAUGCAAAUACUGUAAGAGGGGAAAUGUGUGUUUUUGCAUAUCAGGAGGCAACAGUGUGUGUGUGUGUGUUUAUGUGUGUGUGUGUUUGUGUGUGAUGAGCUUUUCUUAUUUACCUCUUUAUGAGUUGGCACGUGUCAGAGUGUGAGUGGAGAUUAAACGGAUGUAUGCCAUGUCUUUUCUUUCACAACCUACUUGCAAAUACUGCAUCUUAGAAAACUGCCCAUCCCUUCAAAAUAAGACUUUCAUUCAGCAUCAUUUUGACUUAGCCGGGGUUGAGCAGGAAAGUAAGGAUGAUAAAGAAGCGGCAAAUGUGCAAAUGUACAAAAUAACAACAUAAAUGGGUCCUAAUAGAGGAAAAAAUAGACAUUUUGGGAUAAAAGUCAUACGUGUGAGAGGAAAUCAAGGAUUUCAUAGGAUUAAGGUCCUAAAGUUAGUAAUAUCCACAACUUUGACAUCCUACAUUUUUUCCUCUGAAUUCCUGUAAAUCCGUUUACUCAUUCUUAUGAAUUCACUGUUUUAUUCUGCUCUGACCUUGUUCUUGGGAAAACUUUAUUUUAUUCUAUUAAAUCUAUGACUUCUAUUAAUUAAACAUUAGGGCCCGACCGAUAUUUUUUUUUGAUGGGCCGAUGCCGAUACUGAUUAUAAGAGAGGAGAAAAAUCAGAUUACCGAUUAAUCGGCUGAUUUUUAAAAAAAUUUUUUAUGAAGUUUUAAAAUUUUGUUAAGUUAUGUAACAUAUCAACACAUUUACUUAUUAUUUUUUUUAAUAAAUGGCUGCUUUUGAGCCUUUGAAACACUUCUCAGUAACAUUAACCUCAGUAAUAUUCCACGUAUUCAUCACAAAUGAAACUCAGACCAGAAAAGCAUUUUCAACUACACUGGCCCCCCGCCGAUCGGUGCCUCCUCGUCUUAACUCACGUUACUUAUUUCUGGUCUGGUCUCAUUUGGAGACAUGCAGCUGCCUCAGUAAGAGAAGUAGCUCGAUCACUAAUGUGUACUGUUGUUUAUUCUACUGUUACUGGCACGGCUAACAGUGUAGCAAGGCUAAUAGCAGAUGGCUAACUCUAACUUUAGCUUGCAUAUUACCUGGUGAUUCACCGUUAACUCAUCGUGACUGAGACCAGCACAGCGGGGAACAUUGUGAAGUGGGUUGAACUGAAACUUGUUGACUUAUUGUGUAUUUCACAAACUGGUUUAUUUACCGCUGAGGUGGACCACUCUCCUCCGUGCGUCCCUGAGCUGCCUGCUUCAGAUCCGUCACUCUGCUGUGCUGUGAGGUAGUUAGUGGAUGAAGAUUGUCAUGAAGUCGCUGCACCAUCUACAGGAUAAGUUGGGGAACUUUUCAAAUGCCGAAAUAUUUUCGAAGUGAAACCAAAUCUUAUUCUCCGCAUUUUAUUUCUGAAAAUAUCGGCGAGUUUUGCCGAUUAGUCUUAAACGGGCUAAAAUUGGCAGAUUUAAUCGGCUCACCUAUAAAUUGGUCGGGCCGUAUUAAAUACUUCACCUCUUCUAGAUUUACACCUAUUUUUCUCAUUAAUUUAUGUUUUUUUUUUUUUUUUUUUUUGUCUAAUUAAUUAUGACUCAUCUCUCUCAGGACUUUUACCAAGUAAAAUAAACACCUAACACUCAUAAAUUCAAGACUUAAAUCUUUUAAAUUUAGCUCUUGAAUGCUUUAAAUUUAUGUUACGUGAAGACCUGAAAACAUGUCAUCAGUAAGAAAAGAUAAUGGAGACAUCGUCCUUUUGAGCACUAAUGCUUAUGUGAUACUGAUUAUUUAAAAAGGCCAAUAAUCAUCCUGAUCAUCAGGCUGACUGAUUAAUUAGUCUGUAGUUACACUCUGACUCACACACAGUCGCUCUCACACACACAUGUCCAUCUAUAUGAACUGAUUAAGAUGUAAUCAGUGCCCGACACACUGGAGCCUGGUCCAUUCGUUAAGCUGUGCUGCUAUUAUACUAAUUGAUGCGUUGUCAGUCGUUAUACGGUCAGUUUUCUUCUUGGAGAUCUCAGACUCUAAGACCCUCCAUCAUAGUCAGAAAACUAUGAGGUUGAAGGCUGUUGUCCAACAAGGGAAUAUCACAUGACAGAAGAGUGGAAUCACAACCUUCUUGGUAGAAAAUCUCAUUUGUGUUAUGUUAUCAUGAAUGCAAACCAUCAUUCAGCCCUAUUAGCACCACCAGCCUUCAGUACCCCCUGCAGGUCAGGUCCACAUGUCUGUCUACUAGUUACACAUUCUUCUAGUUUCUGGUUUUGCCACUUUGAGCAGACACAGCCUCCGUGAGGUAAAUUAGGGGGAAAUGUAGUCCCAGAGAAGCAGUUCAUGUCACAUAUUGCAGCAGAAGAUUAAAACUGAAACCAACAUUCAGUUUUGGUGUUUUUUUUCCACCGAAUCUCAAAUGAAUUCCCUGCUUUGAUAGUUGGUCUGGUGUCACUCUGCCCCUCCAUCAAAUUAUCAGCCUGAAUCCUGACUUCUUCGUCUGUCAGCGCUCUGAGUUUGGUGUGUUUGUCUCUCCUCUCUGAUUCUGCAGAUAGCUGUCACAAACCGGGAAGUUUAACACUUCUGCUUCUCUUCUAUUCUGGUCCUGUUCCUGUCCUGUACUUGCCUCCUCAUUAUGCAGCAGUGAGAACAGGCCAAAGGCUGCCAGGAGUUUGUUUUCCUCUCUAUUCCCUGAGGUUCCGACUCUUACAGUGGUGUAUAAGGGCGGUCGGCAGCUGAAUAUCCCUGUUGUUCAACAUGCUGGAAUAAAAGCAGCAUAGAGAGAGAGAGAGAGAGCGGUGCUGUGAUACGGAUCACUGUUAUCAGUCCGCAGCCGGAUGGAUGAUAAUUACAGACAAAGCUUUGAUAUUUUAAGGGUUUCUUGGCUCCAUGUUGACUGGUUUAGACAGGGAUGCUUCUCUAACUCUACAAAAGCUUCUCUCAUCAUCAUGUUUAUUUCUUUUAUUUCUUUUUUUAUUUGAGGGGGCACAAAUCUAACGUGUUUUGCAGUGCACCAUCAUUUCAUCUCUAUAGCAAAAAUAUCAUCCCAGAUUUAAGUGAUUUUUACUAUCAGUGUUGUGUAAAAUGUUAAUAUCUAGACAUUAAACAUCAUCAUGUAUUGUUCAGCAUUAAAGGAGCCUUCACAGAUGUGGAAGCUACUCAUGACAUGGACUCUGGUGAUCCCUAUACCAUCAAGGGAUGCUGGUUUUAAACUUAGAUCUGCGAUUUCUCCAGAUUCUCUAAAUCUUUUAAUCAUAUUUUAGACAAAAUUAUUGUAUUUUUGUGGGAAUUUUAGUGAAAAUAAUAGAAAACUGUGCCUCAGAUCCAUUAGCGUCUCUAACAAGUUCUGUCGCCCUCCUCUCUGUCCCCUCCUGUAAUGUCCUACUUUCUGAGGAUACCACAGUUGCCAUGUUGCAUUUACUGUGCGGCUGUUGCUGUGUGUGUUUGUGUGUGUGUGUUAGACCCAGAUGUUGCUGCUGGCGCGUCUCUGUGAGCUGGCAGCAGAGCGGGGAUGUAAAGAUGGAGAGAGAGAGUUAGAGAGGGAGGGACAAGAGAGGAUUUAGGGGGUUUCUGAUGCAGAGGAGGGUUUUAUGGCAAAGCUGGAGGAAGAGUCCUCUGUUAGUAAGGGAGCUGAUUGUGCUAACAUUACUAAUAUUUUAUUAAUUCUUUGCACAUCAUUUAUUUAAAAGACUGUGCAUGUAACCAGAUUUAAUAAAGAGUCAGAGACAUCUUUAAAAGAUUAAACAGCAGACUGACUUUGCACAGAAGAUCCUCCAAUAACUCCAAUACAACCACCUAAACCUUUUAAGUAUCCUAUAAUUAGGCUAAUUUAUACCACAAUGUAACCCAGGUCACAAAAUGAACAGAUUCAUAUUUUAAAGAAAAAAAAAAACAGAAUUAAAAGGUAAAAAGGAUGAAAAAAUCGAUGCAAUUGACAAUGUUGUGUUGAAAUAAUUUAUUGCUUAAAAAACUCGAACUAGGAGGACCGCUCAAAAUCGACCAUGGAUAAUUUCAGAUUAUACAGAACGCGAAUUGGUGAGUGACGUUGCCCGCCUGUUGAUUAUCAUGACUGAUUACUGGCAUGGCAUUUGUUUAAAUGGGAGCACAUGUGCAUACAUUUAAGUUCUUGUAAGUUUAAACUGUUGUUCUGGCCGUGUCACCCAGGCAACGUUUCCCCCCGGAUAUUGAUUCUCGAUGACUAGCUAUCCCAGGAUUCGCCUCCAACAAUCGACAUUCCCGUCACCCAUGAUCAUCAUCACUAUUAUCUCCCCCUCACUGGUGGCCUGGCCUUACCAGGCUGGUAGGGUAGGACCAACUGGACUUUUCCUUUUGGCUAUGAAAGGGGCAUUCCUUUAAAUCUCAAAUCUCAACCUCUUUUUAGGAAAUGUCGCUUCAGAUACAGACUUUUCUUCCUGCUCCAUAUUUAAUCCUCUGAUUUAAAAGAUUUAACAAUGCUCCGCACAACCAAGUUUUUUGCAAAUUUAAACUGGCACUACCUUUCAGAAGUCACUUGCACUUAACUCAAAGUCGGUAUGUACUGUACCAAAAUGCACAGGCUGUACAGAUAUCACCAGACUCCAAAGAGCGAUUGUUUUUUUUUUAUCCCUUUAUAAGUAAAAAUUCAAUAAAUCUCACAGCAUCCAGCAGAAUUGUAUUCCAACCUUAGUUUUGUUUGGAUUUAAUUAACCUCUUUUUGUACACAGGGAUCUUACAAUGAAACUAACAAGAAACAGAUAAACUUGCGCAGAUAAGGACUCGUUAAAUGCAUUUAAAUCGUAGAAAAAUCAGUGUCUCAAAGGAAUAGACACAAAUGAAGACUGUUAAAUUGCAAAUAGUUGACAAGAACAUAUGCUUCUUUUUUCACAUACAUACCACUUAAGUGAGCAAAAGGAAAGUCUUUGGGUGACUGAUUGUUUACAGUGAAACUGAGACUCACAAGAAACAGAUAAAUGGGCACAGAUUGAAACCAAAACUUGCAAGUAUACUGUUGGAAAACUUUUAUUUAUUUAUUAUAAGUUAAGGUUUUUACUGUUGAAAUUCAGCCAGUGAAGCCUCUGUGUAUCUUAACUUGAACAGUAAAACUAAGACUCAAUAGAAACAGAGACUCAAGCACAGAUAAAGACGUUUAAUUAACAACAAACAAGAAAAUCAGUUUCUUUUUUCAUGCUAAGUAAGCCUUGGUUUAGCCUCUGUGUAACUUACUAUUUACACUGAAUCUCACACUUAAUAGUAACGUCAAUCACAAGGAAAUCAGAUUCUUUUCAGGUUUACACACAUUUAGUGAAAUCAGAGUGAAGCCUCACGCAUGAUCUGAACAUGUUUCCUCUUUGGUGAAGGUUGCUAAUUGCUAACUCUUUUUAUUUAAUUUGGCGGUAGGCGACCUCUUGUGGUCAUAAUUCCUUGCUGUUCUUGCAAAUUCACACUGCAUUCAGAGAAAUGGAACAAAUGCAUGAACAAGAACAGAGUAAAAUAGCGUUAGUGAAGCAUCAUAUAGCGGAGGUGAUGACAAAAAGCUGGUUCAGACAUGCAGACUGCAGCCCAAACCCAGCUAAAGGUCAUUGGAGGCAGGCAGGCAGGUUGAGCAGGAACAAAGACUGUGAUAUAAAACCUGGCAGCAGAAGAACGGUGUCUCUCUGGCACACACACACACACACACACACACAGUCUCACAGAUCCGGCAUCCAAGCGUGUGUGUGUGUGUGUGGUACCUCGCUUGUGAUCUCCUCUGCGUGUGUGUGUGCGUGCUCUGUCAGCACCAAUUUAUGAGUACAAGAUCAUGCGAGCCAAGUUUUCCAUGCAGGAGCUGUCAUUGAUCCUAGACGGUGGAGUGGAGCUUCUGAAGGUCUGCAGAGAGCACAUGAGGAGGUUUCUUUAUGAUGAUUGAAAAACAGCUGUAUGCUGUUGUUGUUGAGCAGAUCUUCUGUUUCCUGGUUGUGUUUUGAUCUUUUGUCUUCAUGAACUCGUUAGUUAUCUGGUUAUUGAUUUGUUCGGAGGACGGUGAGAAAUGAAGCGACCAUUUUACGCUUUGAUAAAUCCAUCUUUGUGUGGCUGUAGAUAUCGAUCCAUGUUGAUUUUCGGUGCCUUAGUUUGUGGAGUACGCUGCACGUAAACAUGCAGCCGGUUCAGCAGGAAACUGAGAUGCAUGCAGGUGUGAAGGAAUGUAAAGAGCGACAAAGUCAGGUGCGCUUAGAGCCGCUGCAGGAAAGCUUUUGUAAGUCUGGAUUGUGUUCAUAUUUGAUGCCCCUAGACAUGAUUGUUUGAUUGUUAAUGGCGCCAUCCUGUAGUGAUGAGGGCUGUGAUUUGAUUGUCUGUAAAAAUCAGAUGACUGCUCACUGCAAAACAGAUUCCUCUUGUGUGAGGUGUUCAUGUUUUUUAAGUAUCGCAUAAAAACUGCAUGUGGUGAAAGCAGACUUUUGAGUCGGUAUGUUGAAUACGAGAUGCGACACAGAAAUUCAAGAUUUGAUUUCAGACAGUAUCGUUUCCUAAAUGAAGGAUUCAUGCAGAAAGCAGGUGGAGCAGUCUAUCUUUUGAGCUGCAGUGAUGUGAGGGAUACCGUUCAGGAGUAGAGAUAAAAUUCUGCUUUCUUUGACUCACUUCAUGAUGACAAAGAAAAAAUGAAGAAGAUCAGAUAGAGAAUCAAAACUUUAAGUUACUGUAGUUAACAUACAGAGUUUUGUUACGCCUGGUAUGUAUUAUGUGCACAUAAAAACACAUCACAUUCACAUGGUUUGAUUUCAACUAUCUCCUCAGAUUGCAGAACGUAUUGCAGGAAGAAAAUGUCUUUUUUUUUUUUUUUUUUACAGUAUCAUGCAGCCUGACUGUUGAUAAACUAAUCCAUGCACUUUCUACUUAUCCUGUUCAGGGUUGCAGACAGCUGAUUGUCAUUUGAUGAGAGGUCACAGGGUUCUCCUAAACAACUCCUAAAAUGUCUUAUUUUUUAGAAGAGACAGAAAAAAAUCAGACCCAAAUCCACUGUAGUUUGUUAGUUUCACUGGCUAAAUCUGAUACAAAGUAAGAAGUUGACUUUAGACUGAGGUUUUGGUUGAUUUAGUGCCAGUUUGGUGUCAUUUUUUACAUCACAGAACUCCUGAAAACUUCCUGCAACUUUCGGAAAGAGCUUCAUCUAAGAACGCGAACAGAUAGUCACCAUUUUUACUCGAACCAUACCAAAUAUUUUUCUCGCCUGGCCCCUGAUAAAACAUCUUUGCAAAGCUGGGGGAAUUCCACCAUGUGAGAGCAGGCACGGGUGGUGACGGUUAUAUCAUGUGACAAUGAGAGAUGAUAAGCUGAUGGAGGGUGAUGGAGAUCUGUGGCUGCAGAGAUAUCUCCGCUCGCUUCAGCUCGCUGCAGUGCUGUGAGCGCAGCUGAAUAGAAAGAAUCUCUGUGACGCUGAUGUGUUUUUGCGUGGAGGGAGAUUGUGCAUUGAGUUUUUUUUCCCUCUAACAGCCAAACAGAGACUUGCGUCCUUACAUUGUCCUGUGAAAUAUUAGAUAACAUAUUGUUGGUAAGAUGGGGCUGGUGCAAAACCCGUAAGAGCUUUGUUACAGGAUACAGAAAAGCAUCCAAGAGUGAAAAUUCUCACCGGCCUGCUGCUUCAGCCUCCAUCAUGGUGUAAGAUCACACUCUUGUUUUCACAGAGUGAUUUUAAUGUCAUAUCCUGCCUCUAAAAACUUAUCUCCACACCCACCAGCCCUGUUGUCUAACUGAGGAAACUCCCCACUGUGAGAGACGUGUGUGAGAAAACAACUUUCUAGAAUAUUUAAGAAGUGCAUACGCCAGGGAGGCUUUAAAUGGAGACAAACAACCAGUUUUUAGAUGAUUUUUAUGAUGAGUUUUGCAGAAAUAUGAAAUGAGGUGGUUUCGGUCGUGUAUUUUUAUUGAAUUUAAGACUGCCUGAUUCUCUGCUCCGUGUCUGGCAGCAGUGUGCACCCAGAAAAGCCAUAAACUCCAACUGCAAGUCCCCUCUCUGCUAAAGUCAGAGCAAACUGUGCUGCUGUGCACUGAAACAAAUGCAGGGAGAGGUUUUACUUUCCCGCUCUAAAUUUUGUCCUAAGACUCUUGAAGUUAACUUUCUCUCUGUCCCAGUUUGCAGGAUUUUGCACGGUGUUAUUUUGAAUCGCGAAUCUGUUAUCUUAAAACGGUUUACAGAGUCUGCCUCAGGAGAUUCUCUUCUUUAGUGUGACCUUCAGCUACGACUUUUUGCUAUUUUAAUCCUUUAUUAUAAAUUUUAAUUUUGCAUUUCUAUUUUGUCUUUAAUUUUGUUUAUCCUUUAACUUCUCAUAGCAUGUGUUCAUCCAGGUCAGAGUCUGAUCCAAGUACAGAGCUGAAGUGGCCUGAAAUAAUCUCUAGUUUGUGGUCAUAUUUCAGAAUAUCUUGGUGUAUCUGUGCUGUUCAGGUGCUGGUGCAUUUGAGUUUUUGCGUGUUUUUUGCGUUGCUUUGUAGGCCAGUUUGUGGUUGUUGAAACCGUUGUUGAAAUAUUCUAACAACUGUUGGACGGAUUGUCAAAGUGGAUCUGCAGACUCUUUGUUUAGUCCUCCAACAGACCCCAAAAGGAAGCCUGUGAUAUACUGUAUGCAUACCAGCGUCCAGAGAUGCUGCUUUGGACCGAAACCAUCGCUCGGAGGGAUUUUGUUUGUACUUUUGUGUGUGUGUGUGCGUGUUCGUGUGUCUCUGCUUUAAAGUGAGGGCGCCAAAUAUUUUGUCUGAUGCCCUCUAAUGGAUCUGGACCCAAAAGAGGAGGAAUAAGGACAUUAAGGCGGACGUGCAAAGCUGCAGAGACAGAGCGAUGUUAGAAAGGCAGAGGAGCUCCAUUACAGCGAGAGCGUCAAAUAGAAUAACUAAUGUAGCAGCACACACACACAGACGUACAAACACGCACACGCACACACACAUAAAGUGCUGCUGGCUUUGCACUGUGAAGUAUGGAUUUGUAACACUGUGAUGUGCUCUCCCCCCCUCUCUGACUCUCUCUUUUACACACAAAAGAACACUCACACACACACACACACACACACACACACACACACACACACACACACACACACACACACACACACACACACACACACACACACACACACACACAAGAACUAACCAGCAGGUUGGUGGAGGUAGGAAAAGGGCAGAGGAGGGGGAAGACCCGCUCCUCUGAUCUCAGUCGAAUAGAUAAACUUAUUUAUCUGUUAUUAUUUAUCAGGUCAUCAGUUUGUUAUUCUUCAUUAAGGAAAUCCUGAAACUCUUUUUUUUUUUUGAAUGGACAAAGUGCAGAGGUAACACACAAAAGUAAAGCGAUAUUAAAACUCCUCAUCAUCCACACUCGACCUGUGCUGACUUUUUUAAAGCAGUGGGCGUCCACAGGGCAGAGCCUGCAGACCAGCGGCAGGUCCGAGGUCAGUGCUUUUAUCAAAGGUGACGGAGGAAGGACUUUUAACAUUUUAUCUCUUUUUGGAGUGAGGGAAAUCAAACAGGAGGAAAAUUCAAACAGUCAGACCAUAAAAGUAAUUUAAGCUCAUGUACAGUUCUGGAUUUGCAGCAUUUUUUCGGUCGUUUUGUCUUUUUUCUAUAUUUACAUCUUUUCCAUCUUUGCAUUUGUUUGCCACCUUUAUAUUUGCUGAUGAAUCUGCAGCAGAAUAAAGGUCCUUACACACCGGGACGGUUUUUGUCGUGCGAUUAUUUCAGACGUCAAUAUUUUUUUCUAACCCGUAUCCUGUCAAUACAAGCGUUCACAUCAGCGACGUUUUCCUCUUCUGCGAUAUCGCGGAAAUUUUUUUUUCGGAUCAUGGUCGAUUUUUCUAAAGUUUCGCGUACUUUAUGUCCACUUCUGACCAAUCAGAUUGCGUGUUGUUGCGACGUCUGAUUCACCGGUAUAUCCAACAUGGCUGAUUGGCUGAUUGUUUAUAAUUGUUUACACAAAUAUUACAAAGAUAACGACCUGAAGGACAACUUGUGGAGAGUCAUAGCGUCAGAUCUCUCGUAUGACGAUGUUUUGUGUGCUUUAACAGUUUGCUAAACGUCUUUGUUUAACUUUCAUCUGUGCUAACGUAAGCUAACGGUUGUUACCAUAGUUUCAUGUGCUUAUCUGGUACUGGCCCCGACUCAGUACAUGCUAUCAUGACAGACAGACAUCUCAACACUAGUGUCUAGUGUCUAGUCCUCUGUCUUCUUCAAACUUGGAGCUAGUUGUUUCAGCAGAACUUCAAAUUGUCUAACGGACAUCCGAAAAUAGGUUCUGAAGUGACCGUGGUACAGUUUCAGCUCCUGAACCAAGCAGUGAAACUCACCAAGUUCUCUUCUUUUUUGUAAUAUUGGAUGCACCCAUGUGCUACGUUUCUUUUUCUUUUGAGAAAGCAAAAGGUGUACCAAUUUGCCAUCACUUGAAGUUGAAGUAGACUCCAUUUUUGUCUUCUCGCUUCCACUUGGGAUGCUGUAGGACGGUAAGGGAAGGUCCCGCCCUCCUUCGCCUCUGAUUGGCUACAAGUGCUGACCGUUUGGCUUGAGCGUCUGAUGACGUUUCCAACUUUUCUAGCCAAUCAGAGGCGAAGGAGGCGGGACUUUCCCCGGGAAAAGUCUUCCCCAGGAUGCGUCUUUUCCCCCCCCAGAAAGUCGCAAAAUCGCACCGGGCUUGAUGUGUAUCGUCAGGCGCGUCAAAAUCCACCUCCAAAUAUUUUGUGGUUUAGCAUUCUCUAUUCGUGUUGGCCCUGGUGUGUAAGGACCUUUAAGUUGUUGCAGAUCAGUUUGUUACUUGACCUGUGGCUGUGGUGCAUAUUUGACAGUUGUGUUUCAUGCAACUUUUCUCGGCUGAAGAAUAUCAUAGUGGUUAAACCAACAAAAGACUUCCUCUAAGGGGAGGAAGAUAGGAAGAGGUAACAUUGAAAAUAUUACAGUUAAAGAAACUAUUUCUCUUUGUUUUUUUUAACACAGCUUUUGCCAAUUAGACGACAUAAUUUUAGAUGUUAUAAUAAGAAGCAGAGCCGCAGUCUUUUUUGUCCUGUGGUUCAGACUAAAUUGGCUCUUUUGGGGAUAUAGUGACCAAAAAUUACUCGACUUAAACCCCAAAACCUCAGUGUGAUCCUGCACCAGCUCCCUGGAGACUCCUGCAGUUGAUGUCAGCAGCACUUUUAGGGAUUAUGGAUGUCAAAACAGUCAAGGACAUCCUAAGAAGAGCACACAAAGAGCCCAAAACUCAACAUAGGAGUUAAAAGAAAAAUAUCAAAGACAAACGUGUCAAAGCAAACAAGCUCUUAAUUAACGAUGGCCACACUUACAAGUCUGCAAUCAGCCAAAUAAUUCAGUUUCACUCAUUUGUUUCCUCUUAAGAACCACUUUGAACACACAAUCAUUGUUUUUUUUUUUGCACCUGACAGUCCUCUGCAGUGUUGAAUCAACCCCUCGCUGUGCAAACUGAUUUAAAGCUCCACUUAGAAUAAUGUUUUGACUGUCUAACUUUUCCAGAGCGAGUGAUUCAGUGCAGUGAAGUUUGUUUUCUACUACUUGACCUCUUUUCAAUGCCGUUUGUGUUCCUCCCACUCUUGGCUGUUUUGGAGCUUUAAUUAAUGUUUGCUUGUUGUCGUCUGAAGGUUGGAUGUGUCUUGACCAUCAGACUUCGUUGCAAGAUUCCUUGUUUUCUUGAGUUGCAAAAUAAGCUCUUUUAAAUUAUUAUAUAGUUGCUUUAAUGCUUUACACAUACAUUUUGACUUUUAUGCUUGUUUGGUUUGAAAUAAUGAGUUUGUAAUAAUAAUGUUGCUGUAGCAGAGUAUGUCAUCAUUUAUUUAUGUUCUGAAACACAAUGUCUCCAAUGUUUCCCCAACUGGACACACAAAAACCCACACCAGGUUGAUCAUUAGGAUGCUGCUGCGGGCAACAAGACCUGUGGGUUUAACGUGGACUCACUCGUGUCUUUACUUCCAACAGCGGCCCCACUGGGGCUUGUUUGCUGGAAAACAGCAAGACCUGCUUCCUGUCCCAAAAGACCGUUUUGGUUUUCUUCGAUUUUUCUAGUCGUCGUUGAAGAAAUAAAUCAUGGAUAUUUUGCUUUAGGCAUCGAGGUAAAAGAGGUGGGUCAACAAAAUAUUCACCUAAUCCUUCCCUGGGGAGGAGAUUAGGAAGUUUAAAUAUGUUACAACACAUAUCAAAUCUAAGAGAAAACGAGGUUUAGGACCAUGAGAAUUUUAACAAGGGCUCCUGGUGGCUGUUACCAACAACUUCAAUGAUCUCUUUUAAAAUGUGUAGUUUUUCCACACCUGAGGAGAAAAGAGCCUAAAAUUUAGACAGCAAAGAUGCAUAUACAGUUUUUUAAAUUAUUACUCAUGCCAAUUUUGACUAAAAUCACUAUUUCUAACACAAAAAAAAGAACAGUUGUGCCCUCCCGAUUCGUCCCGUAUUUAUAACCAGCAGCCCUCCUGGAUUCAUGACCAUAAAAGGAUUUUCCAACUGCAAUAUUUCAACACCGCCCUUAUCUACCUACAAAGGCAUUUCUUUUUCUAUGGUUAACCUCUCCUUUCUCAAACUUUGAUCAUCUGCAUCCGAGAAAAGUAAAAACACAACUGAGCCGUUUAUGUUGUUAGCUGAAUGUGUACUACAGAGGCUGUGUCUGCAAUCGGCUCACCUGUAAAGGUCCAGAGGUGAGACAGAUGUCACAGCUCUCUGGAGAGAUGCCUGAUGAACACUUGUUGAAUCUAUUGCUCCUUUCACUUCAUUGCUGCCAAUGCUGGCCGCAGCCUCUACGUAUCCUUGUUUCUUUAGUGCAUAUGUGUUGUGACGAUGACUUCAGGCGGCUUUGAGGAUUUGUCGGGUUUAAACUUGAGGACUUUUUUUCCUCUCUUCUCCUCUGAACCUGUGAAAAAACACCCCCAGUUGAAAUGAUAACAAUUAGGGCCCGACCGAUAUGGAUUUCUUGGGGCCGAUGCCGAUUACACCAAUUAUUAGGGGGGGGAAAAAAUCUGAUUACCGAUUUAUUGGCCGAUUUUUAAUUUUUUUUACGGAGUUUUAAAAUUUUGUUAAUUUAAGUAAUAUAUUUACAUAUUUACUUAUUUUUUUGACAAAUGGCUGCUUUUGAGCCUUCAAACACUUCUCAGAAGUAUUAACCUAAGAAAUGUGCCACGUAUUUAUCAUGAAUCAAACUAGGACCAGAAAAGCGUUUUCAACCCCCGACCGCCCACUCAUUUCCGGUCCGGUCUCAUCUGGAGACAUGCAGCUGCCUCAGUAAGAGAAGUAGCUUGAUGACGUAAUGUGUACUGUUGUUUAUUCUACCGUUACUGGCACGGCUAACAGUGUAGCAAGGCUAAUAGCAGGUGGCUAACUCUAACUUUAGCUUGCAUAUUACAUGGUGCUUCACCGUUAACUCGGCGUGACUGAGACCAGCUCAGUGGGGACCAUCGUGAAGUGGGUUGAACUGAAACUUGUUGACUUAUUGUUUAUUUCACAAACUGGUUUAUUUACCGUUGAGGUGGACCACUCUCCUCUGUGCGUCCCUGAGCUGCCUGCUUCAGAUCCGUCACUCUGCUGUGCUGUGAGGUAAUUAGUGGAUGAAGAUUGUUAUGAGGUCGCUGCGCCAUCUACAGGAUAAGUCGGGGAACUUUUCAAAUGGCGGAACAUUUUUGAAGCGAAACCGAAUCUUAUUCUCCGCAUUUUAUUUCUGAAAAUAUCUGUGAAAAUCGGUUUUGGCCGAUUACCGAUUAGUCUCAAACGGGCUAAAAUUGGCUGAUUUAAUUGCCUCACUGAUAAAUUGGUCAGGCCCUAAUAACAAUAUGAAAAGUAAUAAUUAGAAUAAGAAAAAUAAACAGUUAACACAGACUCGAUUUAGACCAGAAACAACAGCCUCAGAUUCCUCGACAUCUGAUCCUAAAAUGCAGUCAAGUCACUUUUUUUUUUUUCCUCAGGAUUUUAAAUCAAACAGUACUUUUUUUUUUGGGAUUUCUUUGAAUGCAUCUCAUUGUUCUUCAGUGUCUAAUUCCAACUCUGACUCUGAGAGCAUGUCCCGCUGUAUUAUUCAGACUCUUCCACCAAUUCUAUGUAAAUUAGGACAGAAACAUGUGAAUGAGUGCAGCUGUAUAAUUAAACCUAAAGUCUGUGUGAGAUGAAUAUUUCAGCACGGUGUGUGUUCAUUGUGAGGGCUUAUGCACGGCUUGUUAGAGUGGUAUAAAUGUUGCAGCAGCGUGCAGCUCCGUCUUGUUUUCUGCUGUGUAUCUGAGCUGAUGGUGAUGAAACCAGCCGUAAUGUGCGUCUCAUCUGCCUCUGUUGUAUAUUUCAUAGAAAGAUCAAAGCUUUCUCCUCUGUGUUUGCAGGGGUGUGUCCUCCAGAAAGAGUCUUUUUUUGUCAUUUUAUUUUUGGAAAGACCCAGAAAAAUGUUAGAAAUGAACGACAUGUUACAGAUGAUAAAGAGAGUACUGAUUUAGAAAUGUUAUAUGAUGUUAAAACUUUGCUAAAAUCAAUAAUUCAACUUUUAACUUUAUGCAACUUUGGAGCAGAAAUGGCUCUCCUGUACAUUUGUAUUUCCAGAGAAUCUGACACCAUUUCUUUUAUAACUUUCUUAUCCUUUAUAUCUGUACAGCCUAAUAAGAUUAACCAGAGAAAACUGAACUUUGUUUGUUGUGCUGACAGGAUUGAAAUGUUACAUCAAACUAAAACAUUACAAUUUGUAUGGCUUCAGUUUAACACAACCUUAUCUUGAUUAACUUCAAUUAAAUUCUAAAAUUCAUCCUGACUCAAACACUUGCAGAUUCCCAAACAAAAGAACCCUGGAUUGCUGCUGUUGUCAACUUAAAUUGUCUGUUUGAACUUUUGCAGUCCAACCAAUGAAAUAUCAGUAAGAAAAACAGUGAGGACAAUUAAUCCCCUUCUGUAAACAGAUAUCUGUGCGAAAGGUCACCUAAGAACCUUUUCUGGAUCAAACAUUUACACUGAGACGCUAACCAGACUGAUGCUGAGUCACUGAAGACAAUCAAAGCUUAGAUGUCCUGACUUCCCUGACUGCAUCUCAAAUGAUCGAUCUCACAUGACGAAGACUUUUGACAAUUCUGCAUCAUGAUGUUGUUGUUUCAGCAAACUGAAGAAAAUCACAAGAACAUCAGUUUUUGUUUCUGGGUCAUUUAACUAAAGUUAGCCAGAAUGAACUCUUGGUGUAGUUGACCAUUUACAAUGAAGCUGAGACUCUCUAGAAACGGAUAAACUGGUGCAGAUAAGGACUUGUAAAUGGCAAGAUCAUCAGGGAAAAAUUGGUUUCUGCUUCAGGUCUAUCAGCUGAAGUGAGUCUUUAUACUUCUUUUAUCUUUGUCCUGCACAGUAUGUUAUUACUGAGGUACUUUUUAGGGCUGUAGUGUCUGGUUGGGGGUGUUUUGUAUCGCUGCCUGUUUACUCACUAUUUACAGUGGAACAGAAACUCUCCAUCGUGAUGAUGUCUAGGUAAACAUAAACCUUAUGGUAAACCCCAGAAGUAAGCCAGAGUGAAGCUUUUGUAUGGUAUUUAGUUUACUGUGAAACUCAGACCCAUCAGAAAAAGAUGUAUGGGUGUUUUUCUGAGGGCCGAGAAAUAAUUUUGCUUCACUUUUGGUCUGAACACUUAGUCAGAGAGGAAUACUGUAUUUUUCGCACUAUAAGGCGCACCUGAUUAUAAGGCGCACCAAUGAACGCGUCUAUUCGCGUCUAUUUUCAUACAUAAGGCGCACUGGAUUAUAAAGCGCAUUAAGCCAAACAAAACAGUCAGAUAAGUCAAACUUUAUUUAACUCAUUCAAUAACUGAGCGAGGCUACGGUAGCCAUCAGGCUGUGCGGCUUUGUAGCUUACCAAAGUCGUAAUGAAACAUUUUGACAGAUUUUUGAGCGCUGUGUACCACAUAAAAUCGGUUCAAGGUCAGUAAGCACAACCAGAAUUCAUACAUAAGGCGCACCGAGGAUUUUUGAAAAAAAUUAAAGGAUUUUAAGCGCGCCUUAUAGUGCGAAAAAUACAGUACAUUGUGUUUUUUUCAGUAACAGGAUCGUACUGCUCAGUGAUAUUCACACUUUUGGUUUUCUUACCACUGUAUCACCGAAUGGCUGAUCUUUAAACAUCGAAGUGUAGCUGCAGUUCUUCAUGUAUAUCAUUGUUAGAGAACAGAGGCAGGAUCCACAUACAUGAUUCAAACACUGCAGAUACAUUACAUACAUGUUUAAACACUGAAUCACUCCACUCAGCGCUGCUCUCUGUUCCAGAGGAUGAUCGUCAGGGGAGCUGUGUGAGUGUGUGAACCACAUGUUUAUGACUGUUAGCCUGACAGAUACUUCACCACUGUACAUAUAAUAAAAUCUGUAUGUGGCUCUUAAUGCACACCUCUAAUGUUACAAUAUUUGGUACAGACGUAUGUUUGUAUUCGCUGGAGCAUACAUGCAUAUACUGUAUAUGCAGUUUACACAUACAGCUAAGAUAAGAGCUUAUAAGAACAGAACAGUGCAUCCUUAGAUUAUCCUUGGCCACACUGUGUAACAAAGAAGUACUCUGACAUGAGAAGAAGGAAGUAUGAUGUUGACGAAAGCUCAAACCUGUGAGGAAAGAAACUAAUGUACAUUUUCAGGCUGAAAAAUGGGAGUGCCCCAGACACUCUGUCUCCUUUUGACGAUUUAAGCUGGUGUUGUUUUACCAGUGACACAUUUCCUCCCUAAUCUCCACCAAACAGCUUUUCUAUCCUACUUUGUUUUAGCCAUGUCUGUAGAAAUCAGGGAUUGAGCAUUAGCUCUUCUUUUCCCAGCACUCUGUAAAUGUUAGUGAACCCAGGAGACCAGUUUCUGGAGUAUGAAAGUGAAAUGUUGUCUCGUUCUUGCCUGAUAGAGGAUUUCAGCUGCUCUACAGUUCUGGGUGUCCUCUGUCCUGUUCUGGAGGACAGGCUCGAUGCUCCAUUGGACUGGGAGCUGAGAUCAAGCCGGGCAAUCCCUCUACUCUUAGAAAGAAGACGAUGCUGCGCUCAUGAUUUCCAGAAAGAAUGACAUAUUUCAAUUGAUAUGUUGUCUUUCUCUAUUUUCAAUCAUAUUUAGGCUUUAAAUGAUCUAAAAAACCACAAAUAUCUGUUUUAUUAAUGUGCUCUGAAAUUCUUACAUGAGGAGUCCUCAUAACAGGUGUUUCUGUACGAGCGAGAGAUGAUUGAGCUUGAAGGUGCUCUGAAGUGUCAGGUGUGAAUGCCUCCCUCGGUUUUCCAUCUGUCUUUCUUUUGACUUUCUGUCCAUGACCUUUGACAUCUUUCUCGCUCUCAUGGGUGCUGUGGGUGGUUGUGAUCUGGCAUUUGUAGAUGAUUGCUGCCGUGUGUUUUUUCAGGUGUUCAUUUAGUCUCCUGUCCACUCUGAACUGUAUAAACCUCUGACUUAAUUUAAAAACACAGAGCAUGUUUCUAUAAAUAAAUUUAGUUUGAUUUUCACACUAAAAGACCUUGAAUCUAAACAACCUGUUGCUGCAGAAACAUAAGCAAAAAUUUUCCUCAAAUUUUAGAAGUUAAAAGUCAUGUUGAUCUGCAUCAGAAAUACAGGACAGGAAUUGGUGUUUAUGCUUAAUUUUAAAUGCAUCUUAAUGCCGUUAUAAUCUGCACAACCUUAAGGUUAUGUAAGCUCUUUUAGUUAUGCAUCAGCCACUCUAAUUAUUUAUUGGGUCUGUACCCUGCUGCUUGUAAGUUUGAUCAUGUAUGGCCUCAUAUGUAUAAUAAUUAAAUCAAGGUCAUGCAGUGCAAGAAAGUGUCAGAAGCCAUAAGCAUAAAUUGUAUUUAACAACAUAAAUUAAUCCUUCAUCUGAUAACGACUUGUUAUUUCAUUUCUCGUUUUCAAAUCAAAAAACUGAAAACAAAUAAUGGCCUAUUUUUCGCUGUUUUGAUUUUGUUUUGAAAUUAAUAAUAGAAUAUGAGAGAAUGGAAUUAUCAUGGGAUUUUUGUUCUAUUCGUUUUUGGUUUGUAUCAUUUUCGAUGUGUUGUGACCCCGGAGUUGUUGACUUUUUUUCUCCUACCUCGUAUAUUGAACUGACCACAGCCCUCUCCAGUUCAGCAUCAGUAACAUGACGUUUCCGCCUGAGGUUGUGUUGGAUGCAGAAACGUCUGACACUCAUUGCAGAGCAUCUCCGGACACCCAUCUCCUGCAACGUGUCCGGAAUGUCUGUGUGGGUCUUACCAGCUUCGAACAACUGCUUAAUAACAUCGGCGUAUUGUUCUAGUACGGCCAUAGUGGUCUAUUUAUAUCGCCUUCUCUAUCUCUGUGAACAGGUUUCAAGAUCUGCACGGUUAAAGACUGGCCUCCCUGAGAAAAAAAGUCAACAACUCCCGGGUCACAACACAUAAAAAAUUAUACAAACCAAAAACGAAUAGAACAAAAAUCCCAUGAUAAUUCCAUUCUCUCUUAUUCUAUUUUUGAUUUGAAAACGAGAAAUGAAAUAACAGGUCGUUAUCAGUUUUCCGAUUUUGGAUUCUAAAACAGAUAUGGAAUGAACGAAUGAUACACUGAUACAGCCACCCUACCUUAAAGCUUGAUUUUCUUCUGAUAUUGUAUCACUGAAAGAAGGCAGAACAGAAGUGCAAUGCGAUGAUGUGAAAGAUGAAAGUCUGUCUUUUUUGCUCUCACUUUCUCGUUUGAGAUGCUGUUAAAAAGGAUUAUAAAAAUAAGACAAAUCUCCUGCUGCUAGGUAGCAGCUGCCUCCUGCUGCUCUUGCUGUUUUAUCUCAUAUCUCAUGUAAAUAACUGCGUCAACAGAGGGCAUUAAAUGUUAGAGCUGUAUUUGGCUCAAGGAAUGUAUUUGUUUGGAAAGCAGCUGUUAUAAUCUUUAUUUUGGAUUCAUUUAAACUGGUGUCAUUCAGCUUUUCUUGUGGUCAGUUUGCAGCCGCUCGUGUGUCGUCAUCUGAGUUUACAGCACCUCCAAAGACAUAAACAAACUCCCUGACCCAAAAGCCCAAAGUUUCUGCUUCCUGUUGCAAAAAGAAUGAUUGCUUUAUAGCAAAAGUAGUUUUCUUUUUAUCUCAAAAUGCAUAAGGCAACAGUCUCCUGCAGUUUUAAGCAGGACGUCUGCUUCCACUGAAUUAGAAGUUGAAAUAUCAGAAAUUCAGUUAUUGAUGUUUUUUGGGAAAAAACCUACAAAAAAAAAAAAAAAAAAAACACUCUACAUUUCGUUUCCAGUAUCACAAAAAGCAAAAGGGCAUAAAGAAGUUGUUUUUUAUCCUUCGGUUUCUCUUUCAUCCCUCUUAACUUAAUUUCAGUGGGAAUAUCAACUUGAAUUUCACUCCAGUGCAGCAGGGUAAACCUAUCAAAGAUUAAAUAUGGAAAUCAGUUGCAUAAAGCCCCGAACAAUUUCAUAGAUUUUUCAUCAGUGCAUCAAAAAAUAUGAGCAAAAAUCCCGUUCAGAGGUUAGAAAUGAUUGGAGUUCUACUUUAAUGAUUAAAAAAUGAGCCUCCCGUAUUCCCGCUGCUCUCCUUCCUGCUUUUUCCUGGUUCUUCUGCAGAGUUUGUUUCUUCCUGAGUGUUAUCAGAGCUGGCCAGUGUCUCUGCUAAAGGAGUCUGAGUAUCAGCAGAGGAACUGUGUUGACUCAGCAUGUUGUAAAAAAAAAAAAAAAAAAAACAAUCGGCUGUAUAUUUAAACCGUGGCCUGAAUGGGGCUCACAGCGCAGAUCGGUUGGAGGGGAUGCAUUAAUUUUAGAAUAUGCAUGAAGCUUUGAAGUGGAGACAGAAAUAAACGCACACACCAAUAUGUUUGAUUAACUCUCUGUACGGGGACGGUUUGAGGAUUCAAUUUCAGCCAAAGAUGCUUUAUUGCAUUAGUCUAACAUCACUCCUGUUUAAAGUGAUAAACCAACAUAACUUAUAUCUCUUACAUAACCCUGAGACGGAGACAACUUCAGCGCUGAGACAUUUGAAGAUUCCUCAAAGAAAUGACACCAAAGUGAGCAAAAAUAACAAUGUGCUCUGUGUUUUUCUGUUGUAGAUGACACCAUCCAACCCCCUCUGAAACAUGCUGAUAAAAUAAGAGUAUCUCAGAAAUGGAAAAAUGUACAGACUUAAAAACAGAUUUCUCUCUUUCUGCAGCCACAGAUAAUUUUUUACAAAGGUUUACUUUUUAUUUCGCAAAAUUUAAAGAAAUAAGUUGAAUUCCUCUAGUGUUUAUGUCCUUGUUUCAGUUCUUUCUUAGGGAUUAUUAGGAUUUCUACAUGAUAUAGAACUUCAUGCUGGUUUUGCAGAUUUUAGGACAAAAGGUGCUUAGAAAUUAUGAAAGAAAUGCAGAGAAGAAACACCUUUUUAAACACUAACAAUAACCCUUUUCAGACAUGCACACACUUCUUGAAAACUCCCCAAUCAUUGACAAUAACGUAGCAGUGAAUUUAUAAAAAGACACGUGCAGCAGGGGUUUGAAGAGAAACAUAACUAAACACAAACAUCAGUUGAUUUAAUCUGAACUUUCCAGAGAGCAUAUGCAAAAGCAGCAACACGCCUCUUUACUUCCUGAAAUAUUUUUAAGAGUUUCCCUUAAAAAUAACAGGACAAAAAUUUCUUUUUGGAGCCUCUGAUCCUGACAUUUUCUGGAGUUGCUUUUUACACACAUCCCUCACAGCAUCAGGUUGGUGGUUAGGGAAUAAAUCUCAGGAGGUCAGACAUGACAUUAAAAGUCAGUCUGUUUAACUGGAUGGUAAAACUUUUUAAAAAGUCACAUGUACUAUUACUGAAAGAGACCAUGCAUCACUUUACUCUAAGAGCGUUGGCUUAAUCUUGGUGAUAAUAUUCACCAAGUUAAAUGUCAGGUUUCACCCGUUGUAAAGUAUUUUUACACUGUGUCAUAAAAAAUGAAGCAUUUGAGCUCUUUUACCGCUUGCAUUUUAUCACAGACGGCAGAUCGAUCAAAUCAUUCAGUCUUUUUCUGCUGAGGUGAAAAUGAGAGCUGUCUGAGGGGAGGGGCCUCACCCAUGCUCUGCUGUUCAGGACGAAAGGAUUUCAACGUAUGGACAUAAUGAGAGCAACACAGCAGGGAGCACAAUAUCAUUCAGUCUUGAUUAUUAUAGCUUUAGAAACCAGGAGGCAAGAAGUGUAAUCAGAAUGAAAAUCCAAUUAAUCAUCCAGCUUUAACCCCACUUCAUGCAGAAAAUGAACCGAAAAGCUGUCAGAAAAAAAAAAAAUCUGGCUAAGUUUGAGAUGAACAUUUUGGCUGUUUGCACUCUUACAUGCCGCUCAAGCUGAACAUUUUUAAAAGUUUUCCGGAGUUUUUGCAUCAGUGAAUUCAUCUUAUGAUUCUGAAGGUCCUUUCACACUGGGACCAUUUUGUCGUGCGAUUAUUUCGGACAUCAAUAUUUUUUUUUUAACCUGUAUCCUGUCAAUAUAAGCGUUCACAUCAGCGACUUUUUCCCGUCCUGCGAUAUUGCAGCAUUUACUAUUUCAGAUCAUGGUCGAUUUUUUAAAGUUUUGCAUACUGUGUGUCUACUUCUGACCAAUCAGAUUUCGUGUUGUUGCGACGUCAGAUUCACCGGUAUAUCCAACAUGGCCGACCGGCUGAUUGUUUACGUGUCGGAGAACAGAGUGCUUUUUGAUAAAAACACAAGUAUUGCAAAGAUAACAACCUGAAGGACAACUUGUGGUUUGUGUGCUGUAACAGUUUGCUAAAUGUCUUUGUUUUGACUUUCAUCUGUGCUAACGUAAACUAACGGUUGUUACCAUAGUUUCAUUUACUGGCCCCAACUCAGUACAUGCCAUUAUGACAGAAAGCCAUCUCAACACUAGUGUUUAAUGUCUAGUCCUCGGCCUCUUGGAGCUAGUUGUUUCAGCAGAACCUCAAAUUGUCCAACGGACAUCCGAAAAUAAGUUCUGAAGCGACCGUGAUACAGUUUCAGCUCCUGAACCAAGCAGUGAAACUCACCAAGUUCUCUUCUUUUAUGUAAUAUUGGAUGCACCCAUGUGCUACGUUUCUUUUUCUUUUGAGAAAGCAAAAAAGUACCAAUUCACCAUCACUUGAAGUUGAAGUAGACUCCAUUUUUGUCUUCUCGCUUCUGCCCGGGACGCUGUAGGUUGUUAAGGGAAGGUCCUGUCCUUCUUCGCCUCUGAUUGGCUAUAAGUGCUGACCGUUUGGCUUGAGCGUGUGAUGACGUUUCCAGCUUUUCUAGCCAAUCAGAGGCAAAGGAGUCUUUUUCCCCCCGGAAAGUCGCAAAAUCGCAUUAGGCUUGAUGUGUAUAGUCAGACGCGUCAAAAUUUGCCUCUGAACAUUUCGUUAUUUUGCAUUCUGUAUUCGCGUCGGCCCCGGUGUGUAAGGACCUUGAGUCAUACAGGACAUGUUAAUGUAUUAGUUAGCUGUUAACGUUGUUUUCUUCUCCAUUCAAAGGCAGACCUGACAAAGCUUAAUUUUUGACUUACAUUAAUUGUAAUUGUAUUUCACCUAAAUUUAGAUCAGUUAAUGACAAGGAUAUGAGUUUGUUUGUCAGGUUCAGACCUCUAAAGUAAGCCUUAUUGAAGAAUAAUCCAUAUUCUGAGUGAUGUGACUAUUUACAGUGAAACUGAGACUACAAAUGGAUGAACUGGGGCAAUUCUAACAAUGCAGUUAACCAAAGAAUUAUAUUUUGAUUAUUAUGGUCCCUUCUAAAAUAAAUACGGUGGACAGGGAAGUCUUGGCUGAAAGUUUUUCUGUUAACUUUUUGUCAAUGGCCUAAAAUUAGCCAUCGUUCUCAGAGGUGUGUGUAUCAGUGUUAGACAGUAGCUGGUGGUUCGACGCUAAAGUUUCUCUGAAACAUGUAGCCACCUUGAAAAAGUGAACAGUUGGGUCAGUUCACAGGCUCUCUAGGCAAUUAUCUGCAGAGCAAACCGGACACAAACUUACCCACAGAUUUCACUUUGGCCCUUCUAACAGCUGCUGUGGUCCAAACCCUUCAACAGCACCGCUAACAAGCUGCUGUCUGCACUCAACUCUCUAACUACACCACCAGCUUGUUUGCUUUGUCUCCGGUUCCCUCGGCCCGCCAGCUGCUGUCAAUCAAACACACACACCGACACGCCGGCGCCUCAUGGGGAAUACACUGUGGGCUCAGAUCCUACAGGUGGAUACAGGAGGGAGACGGUGCUUUUUUAAUGCUAUAUGAACAUCAGGAGCAGAGCUUUAUGGUGGGCAAUGAGGAAUAAACUCAGCGCUCAGGCAAUUCUUUGUUGAUUUUUAGGACUUAAUACAAAACUUUUAAUGUUUAUAGUGACCUUAAGGCUGAAAAAAGAGUUUACUUUCUGAGAUGAAAUAAAAAUAAUCUCACUUAUCAAUUUAACCAACACAGAAUGGGAAUUAUUAAAUGUAAAAGCCCAGUGAAUUGUAUUGAUGAAUGCUUCUAAAAAGGGAGAAAAAUGUCAGAAAAAAUCAGUCUUGACCUUGGCAUGAAAGAGACCACACUUCAAUUUUUUAACUCUGCUAAGAGCUUGGACUUAAUUUUGGUGAGAAUACACAGGCUGCAGAUUCAGCAUUUCAUCCAGACUUUUCAGGCCUGCAUCUUUUUAACCUCUUAUUAGGAAAAAAGGUCCUUACACACUGGGGCCGACGCGAAUAUAGAAUGCGAACGGGAAAGUCCCACCUCCUUCACCUCUGAUUGGCUACAAAAGCUGGAAACGUCAUCAUACGCUCAAGCCAAACGGUCAGCACUUAUAGCCAAUCAGAGGCGAUAAGAUAAGCACAUGAAACUAUGGUAACAACUGUUAACUUACGUUAGCACAGAUGGAAGUUAAAACAAAGACGUUAAGCAAACUGUUAAAGCACACAAACCAUCAUCAUAUGAGAAAUCCGACGCUAUGUUGUCCUUCAGGUCAUUAUCUUUGUAAUAUUUGUGUCUUUUAUCAAAAAGCACUCUGUUCUCUGACGUGUAAAUAAUCAGCUGGUCGGCCAUGUUGGAUAUACCAGUGAAUUAGACGUCGCAACAACACGCAAUCUGAUUGGUCAGAAGUGGACACACAGUAUGCGAAACUUUAGGAAAAUCAACCGUGAUCCGAAAAAAUAAAUGCUGCAAUAUCGCAGGACGGGGAAAACAUUGCUGAUGUGAACACUUGUAUUGACAGGAUAUGGGUUCGAAAAAAAAAUUUGACGUCCAAAAUAAUCGCACGAAAAAACGGCCCCGGUGUGUAAGGACCUUUAGGAUUAUAUUUCAUUAUUACAGAUAAUAUAUGAACAGACCAAUGUCACUGUUUUGUCUGGUAAAUGUUAGCCUGUUUACGCUGGAGAUCAGAGAUUCUUGUUUUUUCUUGGAUUUUGACAGACACUUGAAAAAGUGUGAAAGAGCUCUUUUUAAUUUAAAUCAAUGGCUGGAUAUUAAAUGAUUGCAUAUAUGGCCAUUCUGGGCUACCAUAGCUCAGUAUGUAUGUUGACGAUUACUGCCUCUAUAGUAGAAAUUUUAUCCUUUGUCUGACUAUCUCUCUGUCUCUCUGUCUCUUCUCUCAGGGUCAUCGGUCAACCAAUCAGCUGACUUGUUCGCCAACAUUUCCUGUAAUGUUUCCACCAAUGACUCCUCCUGCCCUACAGUGGAUGAUGGUGCCAGUGCAGGAAGUCCAUAUAAGGCUCUGGAGAUGUUUUUCAUUGCCUUGGUAACAGGGUCUCUGAGCUUUGUGACUGUGACAGGAAACAUUUUGGUCAUGCUGUCAAUCAAAGUGAACCGCCACCUUCAGACUGUUAACAACUACUUCCUGUUUUCGUUAGCAUGCGCGGAUUUGAUUAUCGGUGUGUUCAGCAUGAACCUGUACACCGUCUACAUCAUCGUGGGAUACUGGCCCCUUGGCCCUGUGGUCUGCGACCUAUGGCUCGCUCUAGACUACGUGGUCUCAAAUGCCUCGGUGAUGAACUUAUUGAUCAUCAGUUUCGACCGAUAUUUCUGCGUCACCAAACCGCUAACGUACCCAACGAGGAGGACAACAAAGAUGGCGGGUUUGAUGAUCGCAGCAGCGUGGAUCCUGUCCUUCAUCCUGUGGGCGCCCGCCAUCUUGUUCUGGCAGUUCAUUGUUGGGGAGAGGACAGUGCCCCCUGGAGAGUGUUACAUUCAGGUACAGUAGGGAAAAAUCUGCUUCGUCAUACAGAAAUACUUGAUACCACCAAACUGGUGAUCACUCAGCAGGCAAUAUUCUAAAAAAAUGUUAUUUUCGAAAUUAUGUUGAGGAGUUUUGACCAUCGGGGCCACCAUAAAGAGGCCUUUAUUCUAUCCUUAUGUCUUUUAAAACUCUGGGAAUCUCUCAAAACCUUUUUUGACCAUGACUUUUCCAUUUUUCCAAGUUUUAACCCAGUUUUUCUUGAUGAAACUAAUGCUGACUUUUUAUUCUUUUGUCUUUUUCUUACCUUUUGUUUUUGUCUCAGCACGAGAUCUCCUGAUGUCAUAGUAGAGAUUUCUUUAAAUUCAGAACAAAUUGGUCUAUUAGAUUUAAAAAAUUACAUAAUUAACCACAGCAUCCAUUCUAAUGAAGACUCUAUCAUAGCAAAAUAGGAUUUAACCAUAUUUUCAACUGGUAAUCACAUAAAAAAUACUUCAAAGCUACUGUAUGAAGCCUGAAAAUGAGCAGAAGACUCCCUCAGUGGAGCAGCAGUGGGUAAAAGAUGCUUCACUGAAGAGAGGAGAAAGGUUGUCACUGUAAAUGUAGUAGCCAACAGUGCAGAGUGUCUUGUCUUUGUUAAAUCACUCGGCCUCUAAACACACAGUGGAACAUGAUGCUGUUGCAGGGUUCAGUGUAAAAGUACAAAGGUACGAUGAUGGUGGAGCUUUGUUAGAGUGUGUUUGUCAGAUCUCAGUGUACAAAGCUCCACACAGAGCAACAGAGAAGGCCUGGACCUCAUUUUCAUCAUCCUGGUGCGUCUUCUCUUGUUAAAUGUAGACCUACUGAAAAGGAACUGAGGAUUUUCUCUUCAUGUCUGAAUUUUGAUUUUUUUUCUUACUUAAAUCUCAAAGGUCAAAGUUUCAUUUCAGAAUUUUGACUUUCUUUAGAUCCAUGAAUUCAGACUUAACUCUAAUAAUUCCAGUUUUAAUCUCAGAUAAUGACUUUAAUCUCAAAAUUCCAAGAUUAAAACCAGAAUUCUAACCUUAAUCUUGCUAUCCAGACAAAAAGUAAGAAUUCUUGCUUUAAACUCAGAAUUCUGAAGGAAAAGUCAGGAUUUAAAAAAAAAUACCAGACCUCAAUUCCUGUUCUGCAAGACCUGUGUGUGUUGAUCCCUUUUUGUUUCUGGGAAUGGCUCCUUCAGUUAACAUACUUUUGACUUGAUAUCCACUGAUGGGUGUUAUCUGUUUCUGAACGAUUUGCAAAAGUAGCUGAGAUUUUGGUCUGUAUAGAUUAGAGCUAAUACUACAACUCAACCCCCAGGAGGGGCAGAGGCACUCUGUUGGCAACUUGAUGAAAUGAAGCAGACACUGUUUUAUCAUUUUUAUAAUUUUGACAGGAUCCAAUUAGACUAAAACCAAUCUUCCUUAUUAUCUCUCCAGGAUAAUGUAACUGCAUAUAAAGUUAUCUAUAAUUCCCUAUAUCUGUUUGACUGUAGUUAACUCCUGGGGCUCUCUUUUCGUGCCGGUGGUGUAGGCGCACAAGGUGUGCCCAAGCAGGUUUUGAUAUUUUGGUAAGCGGCGCAGCCCGGCAUAAGUAUCCCCCCUCCCUAACUUAGCUCCUCCCAGCGGCGUAAGUAGUAGAGAGGGAGGGGAUAAGGCAUGGAGUGGGUUUAGCACAGCUGAGACCUGUUUUCGCCAAUCAUAUCAACUCCUCUCCUCACCUUUAAAUCCGCCACCGGCAAGGCGUAUUACAAUUUUCGUGAAGUAGUCAAAGAGAUUAAGAGAUGUCUGAAGACAGCAAUGCCUAAAGAUGUCGACAGAAGGCAGCCCCUCAACAAGUGUCGCUGUAAGUGCUGCAGAGGGCUUCCUCCACACUGUCUCAUAUAAGCACUGAGGGAUUUGAUGUGUGUAAUGUUGGACCCACUAGUAAGACCACCCUCCGCCACACUGCCGGCGGGCAUGAAAAUAGAGUCCCUGGUGUCUGUAGUAAACUCCUAUGGUCUAUAGAUAACUCCUGGUGUCUUUAGUUGACUCCUUGUGUCUCUAGUUAAUUACUGGUGACUGUAGAUGAGUUCAGGGGUCUGUAGCUGACUUUUAAUGUCUGUAGUUCACUCCUGGUGUCUUUAGAUAACUCCUGGGGUCUACAGUUGACUCCUGGGGUCUUUGAGGAUCUCUGCAGCAGUUUCAUUAAGUUAAACUCAUUGCUGAUGAUAAGAGUUGAUUUAGUGCACAGGUUUCUGUUUAACACAGUGUCAAUUCAGUGAAGGAUACCAACCUGAUGGACAGGUUGGAUUUCAGGUGUUUUGUUUUGCAUUGCAUCACUCUGCACAAGUCAAAGGUAUAAAGUUAUUACUUUGAAAAUAUAAAAAACAUAUUUGUGUAAAUGCUCUGAGGAUGUUGUAAGAGUUUCUGUCUCUCUCUCUCAGUUCCUCUCUAACCCUGCGGUGACGUUCGGGACGGCCAUCGCGGCGUUCUACCUUCCCGUCAUCAUAAUGACUGUCCUGUACAUCCACAUCUCCCUGGCCUCCAGGAGCAGAGUGUCCAAACACAAACCAGAGAAGAAGGAAAAGAAGGGGAUCAAGUAAGAGCCAGAGAGGAUUCAUUAAUUUACAAUAAUUUAAGAUGUUUAACAAAUAUUUUAAGGAGAAAUGUCACAGUAGCACAAAAGGGUAAAGAAAUUACAAAGCACCUUCAUUAAAUCCCAUAGCUUUUAUUCUUUAUUACCUGUCUGCUUAGUUCAUAAUGUGACAGUUUCUCUUUGCUAAAAUUAUGAUUAAAUGAUGUCCGUACUUAUUUUCUUCUAAAAUGCUUCAAAGAAAUACCCCCUGACAGGGAACAACAACCAUGCUGAGCCUGAAUUUGGUUUGUUAUGAAGGAUUAAAGAGGUGACCUAGUUUCAUGACAGGAGGAAAUAUUAAACCUCCUUAAAGCUCUUACAGCGAGUUAUACAUCCCUGCUGUCCAUCCAGAGGGGCAUAAACAUGAAAUUAGACAGGUGUAAUAAAAAUCAAGGAUGUAUUCUAAAGAAAAUCUAAUUUAUCUGUAAUUUUUUAAGCAUUAAAAAUCUCUUCUCUUGUCAUCUAUGUGGGAUUUUUAGCUGUUUUUAUGUUUCCAAACUAAACCAUCAGUUUCUUUGAUGAUCUUUUUUUCCUUUUUGGCAAAGCUAACCCAGUUUUUCAUGGAGCCUCUAAAGUGUUAUUAGGAGUUUUUUUUUUUUUCUUCAUGUGCGGACAUGUUAUUAACCCGCGUGAAUGCUGCAGUGGUUGUAAUUCCACUUGCCAUUAAUUGCUAUCAUUUGCGAGUAAUGUCCUUUCUGUGUCUUUGCUGCAAGACAGAAGAGGAAGGAAAGAGAUCCCUGUAGAUAUACAAUACAAUGAAAUCAUUCAACAGUGUUUUCAGACUGACCCUGAACCCUGCUUUCACUAGUACAGGACUCACCUUUUUACCUACCUUUUGUUUUUGUACAGUUAUUUUACCUCACAUCCUUUUAAUGCUGGCAGCACAGUGGUGUUCUGCAUCAUUUUAGAGCAAAGUUGGUCAAUUCUGGCUUACAUAAACCCUCAUUGAUAUGAAUGAGCUCUGAAAAAUUUAUUGAAAUUAUGUCAGUGUAUUUUUGUGAAUAAGGAUUGUCUUUGGCUUAUAUACACCACAGAGGUGGCUCUGAGAGUCCGAGGAAGCUUCUGCUGCUUUCAGAAUAAAAAUUGGGUUAAGGCAGUGGUUUUCAAGUCCAGUCAAGUCCACACACCUGAUUCAAAUAAUCAGCUCGUUAUUAAGCCAGUACAGAGCUUGAUAACGAGCUAAUCAUUUGAAUAAGGUGUGUUGGAGCAGGGAAACAUCCAAAACAUGCAGGACAGUGGGCCUCGAGGACUGGACUUGAGAACCACUGGGUUAAAGUGAACACUUGCGCUGGGUCAUCACAUGUGUAAACUUCCUAUUUUCUGGUGCGCAGAAAACGAUAAGUAGUUUGUGAUAGUUGUGUUUUUUCUCUGCAGGAUUUCAGGAGCUCUGUCUUUUUGCUAAACUUGCUUUAGUUUGCAUCUAGUUUAAAAAGAAAACAGUUUAGAAGCGGGUCACUAAACCGCAGAGUAGAAGCAAAAACAUGUCACCCAGGCUAUUAACAUCAAUUAUGCAUAAGCACAAUUUGCUGCACAAUUAAUUCCCAUGAUAAAUGAUUCAUACUGACUUUUAAAAUCACUUUAACAGAUUAAGUCAACUGGAGCUCAGGUUCAAGUGUUUACUCUUGAUUCAGAUGGGUGAGAAACUGCCUCAGUUCCUGGUAAGCAUCAUUUCAAUGACAGAAAAAAAUACAAAAGCCAUCAAAAUGAACAAACAUUCAACUUGAAGAUCUUAAAAAAUGAAAUUUCAGUGACAGAAAUCAUGGGGAAAAAUUGGACAGAACCAAAAAAAAAAACUGUGUGUUUAAGUUUGAUCAGUGACUGUUAAAUAUUCUUUAGAGGUGGAAGAAGUUUUGAGUGCUGAGGCCAUUUUAUGAUGCAGACAUCUUUUAGAGCUUUAAAAGAAGAAAAAAACUGAAAAUGAAAGCUGUAUUUCUGCAUUUAAAGCAAACUGAGACCAAAAGUGAAAAGUAUAGGUCCAGCCCAUCUACGUCUGUUUACAGAGAUCAAGAAAUCUGAUCAGAUUGAAAGUAUCUGACACUUUAAAAGAGGAUUAAAAUCAGAUUAGAUCAGGUAAUCCUCCUUUGGUUUUAUCCAGAUGCAACCUCUUUAAGACGGAUCGAGAUAACUGAUCCAAAUAUCUGUGGUUUUUCUGAUCUCUGCGGGGAGCUGGAUUCAGGUGUAUCACAGGAUGAUCAAACAAAACAUUUUUACACUUUUGCUGUCAGAAUUUCUUAUUUUAAUAAUGUGCUGCCCAACCUCAACAACAGCACAGUGGUUUUAAGACUUGAUUCCCAUCAAAGACCAAAUAUUUGAUUUCAAGCAUCUGUCAGGAUCGUACAAACUGUGUAGACUGUUGCGUCCUCUGUGGCCAGAAUAUGCUCUGAGAAGUCUGAUUUAUAGGUUUGGGUUCUCAUCUGAAAGUUGCGUUUCGCAUUUUUGUAAUUUAGGUUUGUAAUUUACAAAAAACAAACCUGCUGGAAACAUUCAAGUACCCCAAAUUGAAUGUGGUUUAUUUAGGGAUCAUUGUGUGUGUGCACAGUUUCAUAAAUCUGAUUAAAUUUCGGCUCAUGCCAUUCUUGGGUUUUUGGCUUAAGUACACCUACAGUUAACUGUUGUUUUCGUUGAUGAAAUAUUUUCUUCAACGCCCCUUUUUUUCCACAAGGAAGACGUGACAUUGACGAGCUAAACAUAAGUCUUAGAUGACUAAAAUGUGACGAGACCAAUGUGCGUUUACGCUGACGAGAUGAGACUAGACGAAAACGUUAGUGGUGGACGACGAACAGAGUUGCAAAAUUCAUGAGCAUUUCGUCAGUCAAACGCUAAACAUAUAUUCUGCAGUGUUGUUUUCGUUGACGAUGCCGUUGACCAAAUAUUUUCGUCAACAUCAUCAUCAACGAAAACAACACUGCUACAGUCAGGAUUCAACAGAUUGCUGUACUGUCAGACCCCUGAUAGUAACCAGUGUGAAACCAGGCUGAUGCAGUCCAGUUUUACUUUCAUUAACCAGGACCAAAGUGAGCUGGAUUAGCUGCUCCUGAGUAAUAAUUGAGUUCAGCUCCAAAUCUCGAUCAUUCCUGUUCAGAUUAAAGUUUUUGUUCAGUCAGGUUUUAAUUUAUUUGCAAAGAAAAAAAACAAACAAGCAUUAAAAUCUGUUUUCCCAGGACUCCCAGUCUGAUAAAGAGCCACCUGUUGAAGCAGAACAACAACAAUGAGACCAGUCCUCAAGCCAGUCCUCGCUCCACCCCCAAACUCAGUCUGGACUCCACCACCACUGCACUUGACGCUGUGAAGAAUGGCCGAGUGGAGGAACCCAAACCGGACCAGAACCAGGCCCCGGCUCAGCCCAGUCCAGGACUCACACAGGUGCUGAAUCCCACAGAGUGCGAGGCAGAAACCCUGUCUGAAGGUGUUCAGCUUGUAACUAUACUCCCUUUAUUUACUCUUCACAGGAAGAGAAGGAGAGCUCCAACGAUUCGUCCACAGCUUUUAUCGCUCCAACAGAACCGAAGGAGAACCCCAACAACGCGGUCAUUUCUGAGGUAAAUGUUUGCAAGUUUCCCUUUUUACCAUCACCCCUACUUUAAACUUGUUCAGACUUAUAUUUAAGUUUGUUCAGUUGUAAAUCAUAAUAAUACAGACACUUCACAGAGAUCACUACAAAUUAAGACGAUUUACUCAGACAACUUAUCCUGCAAAGAAACUGAGAGGACAGCUUGAGUUAUUUAAGGCUCAAACUCUGACAGGGGCAGACUGUAGAGCAGCACACCAAAAUAAACUGUUCACAUUUUAUUUCUCAAGUAUCUGAUGAAAUGACAGAAGUAUUCUUUGGAUUUUAUAUCAAAAGUUUGUUGUAUGACUGGUUUCCUGAUAGAGGAUUUCAGCUGCUCAACAGUUCAGGGUCUCCUUUGUCCUAUUUAGGUGUCAUGAUGCUCUAAAUCUGUGGUUCUCAAGUCCAGUCCUUGAGGUCCAACACACCUGAUUCAAAUGAUCAGCUCGUUAUCAAGCUCUGUAAUGGCUUAGUAACGAGCUGAUCAUUUGAAUCAGGUGUGUUGGAGCAGGGAGACAUCCAAAACAUGCAGGACAGUGGGCCUCGAGGACUGGACUUGAGAACCACUGAUCUAAAUGUUUCAAUGGGGGACAAGUCAGGACUGCAGGCAGACCAGAGAGUCAUGCUGUUGUAAUCUCUGCAGAAUGUGGUUUGUCAUUGUCUUGCUGAAAUAUGAAGGUCCUCUCUGAAAAAGUCAGUCUGGAUGAUUGUUCAGCACUAAAGGAGCCUUCCCAGAUGUGGAAACUACCCAUGACAUGGACUCUGAUGAUCUCUAUACCAUCAGGGAGGCUGGCUUUGAACUGGGAGCUGAGGACAGGGUAUUUGGUUCCUACACUCUUUAGAAAGGACGACGCAACAUCUAAGAAUAUCAACAUGUAGUUUUUCUUUUUCCCCUCAGUCCAUCUCAAAUGGUCUCAGGUCCAGAGAAGUCUCUGAUGUUUCUAUCUGGUUUCCUCUUUGCAGUUUUAACCUCAGUUGUGGAUGCAGUGGAAGUGAUUUUGAGCUUAUGCAGUGAUUUCCACUCCAGAGUCCUGUCUGUUUUUAAUGCAGUGCUGCCUGAGGGCCUGAAGAUCAGGACCAUCCUGUCUUGGUUUUGGUCCUUGUCCCUUUUUAUACAGAGAUUCUCCAGAAUAUUUAUCAUAUUAUGUACUGUACAUGAUGUACUGUUUGGUUGUUAAAUGAUUUAUUUACCAUCAAAAUCUGUUUUAUAUUAACGUUCUACAAGGUGAGCAUUGUUUUUUGGCAUUGGGAUUGUACAUUAAUCUGAUUAAUUGCAAGAUAAAAAUUUUGACCCACUAGAUAGAUAGAUAGACAAACAAACAGACAGACAGACUUUAUUGAUCCCAAAACUGGGAAAGUCCCAUGUUACAGCAGCAAUAAAAACACAAAAUAAAAUUAAAUAUAAGAAGGAGUAUGCACAAUACAGACUAAAUAUACUAAAUAUAUAAAUAAAUACAGACUAAAUACACUAAACAUCCUAAGAGAAAAAAGUGAGAUAUGAAAAAAGUGGGCUAUCCACUGGUAGUACUAAUUUGAAAUGAGUAAUAAAUAUAAAAUGUGAAAUAUACAGAUGGGAUGAUAAAUAAACAAACAACUUAAGGUGCUCAGUAAUGUGUUGUGGUAGGAGUUUUUAAAAAUGGACUAUACAGCAGACAGAUGUGAGUCUAUUUCUUGUGGCAGGAAAGAUUUCCUGUAUCCUGUAUAUACUGUAUGUAAAUCUGUAAGCCUUUCCUGGCUAACAUUUGCUUUUUCAACUUUUUAUUUUGUUGACAAAGAUGAGUUUUUGAGUUUCUUUUGAUAAAAAAGAGUGAAAUGUUGUGGGAGUUUUUUGCCUUCUGCAAGACAGAUGGAGUGUUUUGUUUUUUUUCCUGCAUAAGUAUAUAUUCAUCCCUGCAAGUCUUUAAAAUUCAAACAGUGUUUAAGAUUAUGUGUUGCAGAAAUCGAGAACAAUUUGCACAUUUUUGAUUCUGGCUCCUUUGUUUACCACUAAAAUUCAAAUUCACCAGUUUUCUGAUUUUGUUCAUCCUGAAAAAAAGUCAAACUGGCACAUCACCUCUCUGUUUGUCUCAGGCUGCUGUCAAUCCAAACCCAGUGUCCACAUCGGCUUCCAGCCCUGGUGAUGCAAAGAUGGGCGCUGGAUCGCGGUGGUCCAAGAUAAAGAUCGUGACAAAGCACACCGGGGACGAGUGCAUCACUGCCAUAGAGAUUGUCCCGCCUGUAGAGGGCGCAGAGACACAUUCCAUCCCCAUCAGCCGCCCGCGGACGGUGGCGAGAAAGUUUGCAAGCAUCGCCAGGAGUCAAGUGAAGAGGAAAAGACAGAUGGCUGCCAGGGAGAAGAAAGUAUGUUAUGUAACACUGCACACACACACACAAGCACACACGCGCUAGGCUCAACAAUACACUGGCUGCUGAUGGACGGAUUUGCAUGACAUGAAAUCAAAGGCUGUUUGUUUGGUGGUGGGUGAGCACAAAGACAUGUUUUCUUUAAUAAUGAGAUUAAAUAAUGGUUUAUCCAAAGUUUUACCCCAUAAUUAAAUGUUAAUCACAGUAUUUUGGCGUGGAUUAAAUGAUUGUUUUUGCAUGGCAGCAUAUGUUGCUGGUGUGCAGGUGGGAUUACUCAGUUCCAGCAGCGUGUGAAUAGUAUGCAGCAGCUGGUUUUCAGAGAUGAGUGGCUUUUGUGCUGCAGUCACUUCACUUAAUUAUCGUUCGGAGUGACAGAUGGUAUUUGGAAACGUUCCUCUGAGCUUUUAAAAAUGACAGACAUGAGUCUAAUUUGGGUCCAUCACUCUUCAAAAUCACAACUAGUCGGAUUUGACAUUCAAAACAGCAGCGGGGGAGGAAAUCUGAGGUUUGAAGGGUUUAUUGUGCAGAAUAUUUUAAGCCAGGAAUGUGUCUUUAAGGAGGAACUGCACCUUAAUUUACUAGAAGCAUUUUUUAUAUUUGACUUAUUGUGUAAGGGAUUAACAGGUUUAUAAAGUUUAUGAUUUAGUGUAGUAGCAGCAAAAUGGUCUACUGUGGUUGCAACACAAAAGUUCCUUUUUGGUUGCUGAAAGUCUCAGAUUGUAAUCUCAGGUUACUAAUAACAUUUUGAAAGCACUCCCUGCAGAGAUAGGUAAGUCUGUUAAACGAAGAGCUACAUUUUUUUUUACCAAAAACAGCUGUUAACACCACUUUCUUCCAAAUCAACCAAACUCCACUGACAAAAAGAGCCAUUUUCACAUUGCAGAAUGCUUAAUCUGCCGCUCCGCUGCCAUAAUGGGUUAUUUUUCAUGUGUUAUUGUUGGACUUCAGCAUUUGUAAUUGUUUGGUUUUGGUCCAACAAAAUAUUUGUGAAACAAACAAAACACACACACACACACAAAAUGAUAAUUUUGGCAGCAAUAGACCAUUAACUCCUGUUUUCUGCGGAGUAAAAUGACAGUUUUGUCAAUAGAGACUGGUGGCUUUGAGGGGAGUGAUGUUACAGCUGCUUCUGGUUAAAAAACAUGUUUUUGACUAUUUAAUGAACUGCCAUGAGAUUGGGAUUGUGCAGCAGCAGCUUGCUGUUGCAAAGCACCCUUAAGCCUAAGCAAACACAACAUUGUCUACUUACACUUUCAACAGUGUCAAAGAGGAGAGGAUGUUGUCUCUUGGUGCUGCUUGUAGAUCCUCCUUCUGCAUCAUUGUUAAAAUACUGCCAAGUGCUGAUGUACUGUAUGAAUGCAGCCAAGGCAGACCCAGAAGAGAUUUGGUUGUUGGACCAGGAGUGAUGCCACUGGGGGAUACUCCAAAGUGACUAAUUUCCCGGUCGAUUAAACAGAAGAUUGAAAUCACUACAAGAAGGAUCUGAGUGGACAUAUGCCAGUUAAAGCAGAUACACACGACACACUACACACAACACACAACACACAACUUUAUCCUCACUUUCUAGAUUAAAAUACUGACAAACAAAUAACAUUUGUCAUUUGUGAUUGAUUACACCCAGGUAGUUGAGUAUUAGAGCUUUAUAGCAGUAACCACUAACCAGUGCUACAGCCCCAAAAAUGGAUGGAUGGUGGCUGUGUCGGACACAAUAUGUGACUGAAAUUUUGGGUCUACAGUAACAUAAAAAAGAUAAAUAAAUAAAUGAAAAUAAUUAGUUCUUCCAACUUAUUGCUGAUAUUCGUGCUUAACUUGAGCUCUUUCUGAAGAUUAUUUCGUGUCUAAGGCUUCUUACAGGAAAAGGCAGAUUUCCACAAAAACGUAGGGUGAAUUUAAGAACAACAAAUUUGAGCAUUGCAGCUGGUACUUGGUAGACUUGGUGUAGAGCAGUGGUUCUCAAGUCCAGUCCUCGAGGCCCACUGUCCUGCAUGUUUUGGAUGUUUCCCUGCUUCAACACACCUGAUUCAAAUGAUCAGCUCGUUAUCAAGCUCUGUACUGGCUUGAUAACGAGCUGAUCAUUUGAAUCAGGUGUUGGAGCAGGGAAACAUCCAAAACAUGCAGGACAGUGGGCCUCGAGGACUGGACUUGAGAACCACUGGUGUAGAGAGGGUACAGAGGUAUGAUGGCAAAUGAGCAUAGGUAUGAUACCGUUUAUAAUCUUCAGAAAAUUUGCAGAAUUAUUUCUAAACCAAUGAACAGUCUUCCGUUUGUAACCAGCUGCUCCAAGUUUGAUUGGCUUGAUUGAACAGACAGAGGUGAAAUUCUGCGGAUUGAUAUGAUAUGAUGCGUGAUUAGGUAGUAACUGAUGUUGCUUGUGCUAUUAGGAAUUAGUCACGACUAUUGUGAGGUUUUGACUGAGAAGAAUUAAGUAUUUAGUGAGCCAGGUUACAAGAAAUGAAAAUGCACAAGGCCAGAGCAUGGUGUUUGAAAUGCUCAGCCAUUAAUCAGUCUUAGAGGACUUUCUUUAGAGACCAGGUAGGGCAUAGAUCUUUAGGCUCCUAUCACAAUGUUACAUCAAUAUAAUUUGAUUUUCUGCAGGAGUAUUUUAGAUUAUACUGGUAAAACCAUCAGGCUGAAAAUGUCUGAAACCGUGGUGAGUACUUGAGAUAAUCAGCAUUUCAGAGAGAACAUGAUUUUUGAUGCUUUCUUUUCAAACCAGUGUGCUCUCACAGCUACACUUUGCAAUAAUGACAUGUUUCUGACUGUGAGGUAUCAUCUCAGCAAAUUGAUUUGUAAAAGAAAAGAAAGAAGAGAAACCAUUUAUAUCUACCUGUAGUGUAGAAGAUUACGCCAGCUUUGAUUUUCUUUUGUUUUUUUUUUUCACUUUUUCUUGCUGUCAUCUCUCCCCACAGGUGACCAAGACCAUCUUCGCCAUCCUGCUGGCCUUCAUCAUCACAUGGACGCCGUAUAAUGUCAUGGUGCUGAUCUCCACCUUCUGCCAGUCCUGCGUCCCUGACACCGUGUGGGCCAUCGGUUAUUGGCUGUGUUACGUCAACUCCACCAUCAACCCGGCCUGUUACGCACUGUGCAACGCCACUUUCAAAAAGACAUUCAAGAACCUGCUGCUUUGCCAGUAUAAAAACAUAGGAACCAGAUGA